UUCAAAUCUCGCCAAGUAACACGUCGUUGGCUAAAACUAAGCAUGCGAUGUUACCUUGAACACGUGUCUCGAAAUUUAUGAACCAAAUCGUAGUGAAUAAGGUCUAGUAGGUAGGCAAAUCUUCAGCCGAAAAUCAAAUUUGGUAGUCAAUGCAGCUGGCCAGCUGACAGUUCCUAUUAUAAAUUAAUAAAUACAAAAUUUCGGCCACACAAAAUCUAAAUUUUUGUGAAACUUAACAAAAAUGAAUUAUUCCUGUACGGCUCGGGAUUGUCCUCAUGUUCAGUACAUUCGAAACCUUCUGGAAACCACCGAAACAUGUCGAGCGGAAGAGGUCUCCCCCGAAUGCGGAUGGAGUCGUUACCUACCUUACCUUAAGAAGAGUGCCCGCUAUAUUGUAGCAGGUCUGGAAAUCGUCAUAUGCUUCUGGUUCUUAAUGACCAAGGCCGCCUUGCAAAUCUGGCUCCGGGUGCUCGACUCGAAAAGCUACUACUGGUUGGGAUUUUUGGUGUGUGCCAGUGCACUGAUCUCUUCGCUGCCGGGGGUUCGCGGUUCAAUGUCGCUGGAAGAUGGCUUGUCGGCGGUACACGGAACUAUGACGAAACAUUGUUCGUGCAUGGCACUAAUUGCUAUUAGGUAGCGGGUUCUAGCGUAGAACGUGGAGUUUUGAUAGUCGUGGGGAUGAGAAAAAAACCGUUCACAAUUGUUUUAAUCGACGGUGCUGAUUUGAUCCGGAAAAAUAGUCAGGAGGCUAAAUUUCAAAUAAUUAUAUCUCCGUGAGAAUUGAA